AUGGUGCUUCCAUCGACGUCUGCAAAUUCUUCGGGAAUUCCGUUGGAAAAUUGGAUGAGGAAUAAACCAUUUGUCAGGUAGAUCAACGAUAAUCGGAGCCUAUUUUAGAAUUUUUAUUUAUUUUUUUAGUGCGCAACGAAGAUACGACAAUGCUCGCGUCAGAGAACAUGAGAUAAAGCAAAGAAUUUGUGAGGAAUGUGGGAAGGUAAUCAGUGGAGGUGAUUCCAUUUUCCAACAUCAUGUCGUUUCUCAUGAAGCGGCCUUCAUUUGUUACCAGUUGUAUCAUUUCGAGAAGGGAAAUGUAGGUUUUUAAUUUUUAUGUUUAUUCGCACAGAUUAUGCCACGAUCAUAUUUCGGAAAGCAUGAAGCAAAACACCAGAAACAAGAAAACAAAAGCCCGAUCAAAGUUGAGGAGCCAUCUCCUUCCUCAGAGAAACGAAGCUUCCGGAAGACAAUCCUGUCUCAACAUAUUAAAGAAAGGCCUGCUAAGAAGCCUAAAAUCACGCCGGCGUUUAAGCCGGCUCCACGAGGUAAGUGGCAAUCAAAUAAUUUAGAAAUUGAAUUUUAGAAGAGCGUUUUAUUCAAGAUGAAGUUGUUGAACCACAACUGAGCAGUGAAAGUGACACUACGGAGUCCACGGACGAUGAGGAAGUUCCGGAAUUGAUCACUGGAUCUUCGGAAUCAGAUUCUGAGGGCUCAUAUGUUGAAGAGGAGAUGCCAGACGAAUAUAGAUCAUUGGCCCAGGGUACGAGUAGCAGAGGGCGCCAGAGAAAACCGAGACCAAUCAUUUAA